GGCCUAGCUUUUCAUUCGCCAGGAAACAGGAUCAGUAUUGCACGAUAUUGGAAAAAAAACUAAUUUUCGACAAAGGCAAUGUAACAGACUUAUUCAAGAAAAUAAUCGAAGGUCUGAAUUAUUUGACCUUUAGGAAAGGUCUCGGGCAUUUCUAUUAUGUUGCAGCUGGUACCUGCAGAGUUAGGCCUCUUGCAUUAAUGUCUAGUGCCCCUUAUUGAAUUAACCUAAUUAAGAAACAAAUAGGCCAGGUCAGUAUAUGAGAGAAUAAUUAUUCUUUCUAUUAAAGGAGCGUGAGGAAAUUAGCCUAAUUAUCGAUGGACUUGUACUCAAAAUUAAUAGAAAAUUGAGAAGCGUAAACAUUUCAGCUGCACAAAUAGAAGAUAUAAACAAAACAUUCAGGCCUACCCAGAGAAAGAGGACGAAUCUGCGGAUUUUCAAGCUACAAGCAAUGUUUACUGAGUUCUUUAUAUCAUUAACGAGGCCUUUAAAGCCUGCGCCAGAGAUAGUUAGUUAAUGCUAAGCUCUGGCUGUCCAGUAACGUUGCUAAAAUGCACAAUGAAACACUGAGGCGAUGUUACCUCUACAUGGUGCUAGUCGCAAUAAUAUGUUUAGUAACACUGCUGUACACGACAAGGAUCGUCAACCUGAGUAAUUUAGAAAGGCUUAAUGCGAUAUGUGCUUCCAAGCUCAACAUUAACGCAUGGCUGGAGAAGAUAUCUAAUAAGCAAGACCUUACCAAUAUGAAGUUAUAUGAAGGAGAGGAUGAACGGCACUCUUUGGAGUUCUUGAGAAAUUAUAAACUAUUGCAGAAAAAAAGAAAUUUGUACCCAUUCUCUGUUCAAAGAUUGAAACCAAAAGAGCUCCUUGUAAGUGAGCCGUUGACUGGAGUUCAAAGUAGACCAUCUAAAAGCAGUGAACCGAAAGAGAUGCCAAGCGAAGAAUCGAAAAGUUUAAUUGAGAAUAAGGAAGAACUGCUAGAUAAUUUCUCCGUAGAAAUUGCUGUAGAGAAACUAGAAAAGGACGAAGAGAAAAGAACAGUGAUUUCUCAGGAUACUACAGUUCAUUCAGAUUUAGCAAUGUCUGAGAAUAAUCUACAAAGCACACCACUUAAUUACAGAAAAUAUGGAGAAGAGUGGUUAAUGACAAAGGAUGAGCUGAAAUUGCUUAGAAAUUGGUGUGUAGAACGCGAUUACAGAAUUAAUUGGAAGAGAAUACUCGAGCCAUGCAAGGACAAUACUGUCUGGUCUCCUUACAAACCGCAUUGGAAACCAAGUGAAAUAACAACAGCUGCAUAUAGCUAUAUUUUUGAUACUGACAUACGACCAUCUGGGCAAUACAGUACCUUUUUUAUCCAAUCAGUGACACAAGACGGUACAAAGAAGACCGUUGGUGGUGACAGUUGGAGAAUACAUAUCAGAGGGAGAGCUAAUGUCCCUGUUACUGUGAUAGAUCAUGGUAAUGGGGCCUAUGAAGUGUUUUUUCUCAUAACUGAGCCAGGAAAAUAUGAAGCAGAAGUAUUCCUCGACUAUACAUUAUGCGAUGGAAUGAAGGAUCCUCCUGUGGACUGGUUUAUCAAAGGCAACGUCCAAGGGAAGUACCAGCAUCCUGACUCUUUGCCUGGAACCGAGCAUCCUUAUCUCCUUGAGAAUUUCCCAAGAGGAGUCAAUUUCACUGUCGAUGCAACUGAUGUAUCAGUUUUUGAAGAAAUGAGGGAGAAUGGAGUUUUGGAAAAGUAUUGCCCGAAUCCCUCUUGCAUGAUUUGGGAUGGAUAUGGGACUUGGGUUGACAGCAUUUGGAAGGAGCAUCUUUCAGCACGGAAGGAACGCGACUCCACCGAUCACAGAGAUGGAACACUUUGGAUAUAUGGUGACUCAGUCGGAGAUUUAUUCUAUAAGUCUAUAGCCAAGAGGGCUCUUUGCCACGAAGUAUUUGACCAUUGCAAUCAUACUUAUAACUGGGUUUAUGCUCUGCAAAACAUGAACAUUACCCAGGCAAAAGCUGAAUGGGACAAUAAGGACUUUAGCAUAGACAGAAUCAUCUCAGAACUAGAUGAUGUUUUGAGCGACCCAUCCAUGAACGAUCAUAGUGUCAUUAUUAUAAACAUGGGAUUACAUUAUGUGCAAGGAGUUAAUUUUUCUAGCUAUAGAAAACUUAUAGAGAGAGUUAUUGACCUACUCCAGACGCAUAAUAACUCACCACAAGGCUUUCAUGGGAAGGCUAUUUGGAAAACAACAACAGCGCUAUUUAAAGAAAGAUAUGGCGAUCCAAAGACAGGUGCUAGACAUGCGAAAGGGCUUCGAUUUUUGACAGUCCCGCGCCUUCAAAUGUUCAAUGCUUUUGCAACAUCGACCAUGUGUAACAAUGGCAUUGAUAUCCUUGAUGUGUACCCAAUGAGUGACUCGUACCCAGAAGGCACUGGUGGCGUGAAGAAACCGUGGGAUGCUGUACACUACAACGCUGCGGCUUUUAGAUCUGUGGAGGAUCUACUGGAAGAAUACCUUGGGUAGUCUCGUAAAUUAGUCACCUGGAUAGUACAGGUUAUAUCCCCCUAGUGAUUCCUGGAAAAUGGAUUUCAAGACAAUGUUUCCAAGAAAAAUAGAGCAGUAUUCUACACUGCAUUGGUGCCAACGGUUCCUUGUAUCCGCGUAUUCCUGAAAAUUUCUAGCUUCGUGAAGAAAUUUGUGCUGCCUAGCUCUUAAACAUCAAGAAUAUAAGAAAUACAGUGAAUUUUCUUAUAGUUAGAUGCAGUGAGACAGUAUACUGUCUUCCCGGUAAAAACGACGUUGAUAUUUGCAAAGCCUACGCCGUCCUGUUCACGUAGGGUGCGUCUGGGACUGAUAGUGAUGAACUUGAUGACUGGUUUAGCUUUAUUUGGAAUAGCCUCUAUUUGAACUGUUUAUGCUUCUAGAUGAAGUGAAUUCUAUGCCAGUGGUUGACCUAAGCGCACACGUUUCCUCGUAUGCGGCUUAAGAUACAAGCAUUUUAGAAGAUAUCUGUGCUGAUAUCAUUGCACGCGAGUGAAUGACGUAUUUACUAGUAUUAAAAAGACAUAAACAUUUUUUAUUUGUCAUUCAUAAUGCAAUGUACUUUAGGACUUCUUGGAUCGUAGAUAUAAAAUACU